AUUCCGGGACUACAGCUUCUUGACAACGUUCCGCACCGCAUCUGCUGAGUUUCUGCUCAGAAAAUGACCAGCACAGAAUGGUAUAUUUUUAUCAGGCUUGCAGAACAACCCUCGGCACCCAAGAAAGUUGUGCAUUUCUCAGAGGCAGAGCAUGGAGGUACAGCUCCUGGAAGCUUUUGUGUAUCCAAAUUAAAACAAAAAGUUGCAGCCAGCCUACCAGAAACUGUCCCUGAGCCUGAUCUUUUUGACUUGGUGUACUGUGGUCGAAAGUUAAAGGAUGAGCAAACUCUGGAUUUCUAUGGGAUUCAGCCUGGAUCUGCUGUUUACAUAUUGAAGAAAUCCUGGCCAGAGCCAGAUCUUCAACCCGAGCCUGUGGACAGAACUGCUGCUGCCAGAGAAUUUCGUGUUUUGCAAGCUGCUCUCCAUACAAGUCCUGCCUACAGGGAUUCGGUUUUUAAGAUGCUAAAUAAUAAGGAAUCUCUUGAUCAAAUAAUCAUUGCCACUCCCGGUCUUAGCAGUGAUCCUGUGGCUUUAGGAGUGCUACGAGACAAAGACCUUUUUUCGUUGUUUACAGAUUCCAACAUGCUCGAUACGUUGAUUGUUCGCCAUCCUGCCCUUGUCAACGCUAUUAUUUUAGUUCUCCACUCAGUGGCUGGUAGUCUUCCCCCACCUCAGACUUCCAUGGCGCCACGUGACACCUCAUCUGCUUCCUAUUCCAGUAUGCCUGGAGGAUUUCUUUUUGAAGGUCUAUCUGAUGAAGAAGACGACUUUCAAAUGGGUAACCAUGCCUCAUCUUCUAGCGAGAGUGCUUCUGGCUCCCGACCAGCUUCCUUGGGGUACUCAGGAGCCACUGGUCCUCGCCCAAUCACACAGAGUGAACUAGCAACUGCCCUUGCCCUAGCCAGUACUCCAGAAAGCAGUGCCGUUACUCCUACGACUAGCAACCAGGGUGCCUCAUCUGGAGCCUCACCAGUUAUGAGUUCUUCAGGAAUGCCAGCAGGAACUCCAAUCACAAAUGAUAUCUUCUCACAAGCUCUGCAGCAGGCACUUCAGGUUUCUACACUGCAGGCCCAGUGGCAAUCGCAACUGCAGCAACUUCAGGAUAUGGGCAUCCAGGACGAGGAGCUCAUUCUAAGGGCUCUCCAAGCGACUGGGGGGGAUAUCCAGGCUGCCUUGGAGCUCAUAUUUGCAGGAGGAGCCCCGUGAAACCCCCACAACCUUUGCAGAAUGGCAGUUGUCGAGUUUCACUUUCAUAUGAAGAGAGAGGCCAAACUGUUGGGUAAAUGGCUAAGGAGGACUAAAAAGACUAUUUAGAGUACAACAGGAAGUAUUGUUUUAAGGAUGUCCCCUUCUGUGGGCACAGAGGUAGAUGGAUUAUAUCUUGGUGUUUUUGUUUUUUUGGGGGUGAUGGUUGGUUGCUGUCUCCUAAGGUGAAAACACAAAGACACAGCAAUGUGUUACAUGCUUAUGAGACAUGAAGGUAAGGUAAGGAGGUCCUGAAAGUGUACCAUUUAUGAUGCUCUUUAUACUAUCCAGAUUGUUAUUUAAAAAGACAAAUGUUGUAAUGUAAAUAAAUGUAAGAAUAUGCUUGUCUGUUUAAUAUUAUG